UUUUAUGACUAGGAGAGAUGACAGUUGCACUAUAAUAGCUUUCGUUUUCUUCGAAGCUGACAACAAAUAACCAUAGACCAAAGCGCAACCAACAAUAUAUAUUCUAAGCCGCUGUUUCUUUUCAAGGAUACUGCUCAUACGUGGAUGAGGGUAUGGAUUAUUUAGACAUGAUGGAUCCCUUUUGGAUCUACCAACACUAUUAUCCAAAAGAGAACGUGAACACAGACAAUAAAACCAUACUCUAUUAUGGUUUGUACAAUCAAGGGGCAACAUGUUAUUUGAACAGUGUGUUGCAGGUCCUCUUCAUGACUAAGGGCUUCAGAGAGGCUGUGGAAAGCCAAGAGCAGGAUAAUGUUGAACAGAACACUUUUGAUCUUCAGCUGAAAUGUUUAUUUGAGACUUUAAAGAAAGAACAAGCUCACACUAAAGAUGUCACAUCAAAACUGGGCAUUGAAAAGGUGUUCGAGCAAGGGGAUGCUGCUGAAUAUUUUGAGAAGAUUUUAAGCAAGGUCAAUCCGGAUGUGUCUAAGAUAUUUCAAGGACAUUUGAAGCACACUGCCACCUGUUCUAUAUCUGACCGUCAUGUGAACAGUGAGGAAGUUGGUCCAUUCUGGACUGUGCCUCUCUCUAUGGAAGAGAACCACUACAGUGUGAGAGAUGGUUUUGAGGAUUUUUUCAAGUCUUCAACUGUCAGUGGUGACAAUCAGAUGUACUGUGACCACUGCGAUGGGAAAACAGAUGCAAUCCUUACAUGUAAGAUGGUACAUCCCCCAGAGAUUCUAACUCUGCUCCUCAAGAGGUUUGAGUUUGACUACAACAGGAUGUCUUAUGUCAAAAUUGAGAGCUGUGUGGAGGUGCCUCAAAUGUUACAGACAAAGGACUGUGACUAUGAACUCUAUGCAGUUGUGGACCAUGUGGGAAGUCUAAGAGGUGGACAUUACAUUGCUAUAAUCAAGUCCUAUGAUGAUCACAACUGGUAUGUGUUCGAUGACAGCUACGUCACACAGCUCAAUUCAAAACCAUUUGAACAAGAUGAGAGUUUUAGGUCCCAGAGUGCGUACCUGCUUAUGUACAGGAAAUUGGAUUCUCCAGAUCGUCAGAUGAACCAUGAAACCGAUCACAAAUGUUCACUCAGUGACUCUCAACAAUCUACUCCUUCCUGUUCCUUUGAGAUGGGAGCCAGCGGAACAAGAGAAGAAGAAGAAGACAGAAAAGUUCAAUCAAAUCAAUCUAUCAAUCCAGUUGACUUGGUAGGGAGAACAGAAGUUGUCCCAGAGGAAAGACAGAAUGAUGAUGGAAAGGUUGGUGAUAUGAAAAGACAGAUGAACAUCAAUGAUAUGAGUGGAGAGGAUAACGUUGCUGCUACUGAUGACAAAGACAAUUUGUUUAAUGGAGAGAAAGAACUGAAAGUAGGGGAUGAUGUUGUUGGACAAAAAGAACAGGAAGGUGAAGUGGCCAAUGUUGAGAUGCAAAUGAAUGAUGAAGGGAGCAGGGAAGAGGGAAUGACAAGAAAGUAUCAUGGUGUAAAAGGAGAACUGGAAGAAAGGGAGGAAGGUGGACAGAAUCAAAGAGAUAAGCCAAAGAAAAGGGAGGUUAUAGUUGUGGAUGUUGUGGAUGAAGCUGGACAGAAUCGAAGAGAUAAGGCAAGGAAACGGGAGGAGAUUGUUGUGGAUGGAGAUCAUGUCUUGGAAAAUGGAACAGAGGGUGAUGUGAUGGGUAGAAAGGAUGCGGUUGUGACGGACAGAGAUGGAGAUAAUAAUGAGAGAAAGAUGAAUAGAGAUGGUGCAGCAAAGACAAAGCCAGGUAGAAUAAUAGAUGACACUGGGGAUUGUAGAACAGCAAAAAUAAAUGGUGGUGAGUUAAAGACAAUACAGGUUGAAGUGGCAAAGUUAGGAGAGGAUUGUGAUGUGACAACGAUGAGCCAAACUAACCACAGUAAAUCUCCCAGUUCAGUUAAUAUGUUUCAGAACAGACUGACAGACAUCCCAGAGGAAACAACCACAUGUUUUUGCUUCAAGAGUAUAAGAGGGAGAGGGGAAAAGAGGAGUGAACAUGACAAAGGGAAGAAAGGGAAAUUGGAGAAGAGCAGAAAAGGUGAAAGGAAGAGUAUGUUAGGAGGGCAGAGUAGAAAAGAGAAAAAUGAGGAAAAGGCAAAUAGAAAAAAAAUUGAAAAGAGAAGAGAGGAGGAAAUAAAGAAAAGCUCAAAGAGAGAAUAGAGGAGAAAAAGAAGAACCCAGUGGGAAAGAGAAAAGGUUACCUUUAAGUUUAAAGGUAGAAUUGAAUAAAAGUCAUGAGAAUGGUUCUAUCUAAAAAAUUAAGUAAUGAACUUUGAUGGUAUUCUCAAUUGAACCAAACAAGGAUUAGUGAGACAGCUGUGAUAAAUUGCUCUUCUAAUUUUGCCAGACUGACAUGGCUUGGCAUUGUGCUUGUGUAUAUAGAUUCAAACAGAGCUAUAGUGGGCACCGGUUGUGAUAAUGAAAUAAUGGUAAUGGCAUUAACUUCGCAUCUGAAUAAUGUAAGGAAUCAUUUUUGUAAUUCAUACAUUUAAUAGAAUUUCAAACUGGAUUCAAAUGACCCUUUUUGUCUCCCCCUGCUUCACACUACCGGCUCAAAUUCAACCCACAUCUUAGAAACUUUCACUUUCCAUCUUUCCAUAACACAUGCUUGAUGUCACGGUUCACUUCACCAAUUCAGUUCAUGCCAUUGAUCCUUGAACAUCUCUGAUACAGAAUCAUCAUAAUCACUGUUGCCUUGCAAAGAUAUGAUUGGGACUCGAAAACAUUAUAUUUGAUUGAAGUGGUGGAUUAUUUUUUAUCACAUUCUCUCAGGCUGGCUAGAUGUUUAUAAUCCCAGAGUGCACAGACUUAGGUACACUGACCUGGGAUCUAACCCUGACCCAUUGACUAUCACCUUGGCAAUGGGUCACAAAACAGGAAAAUAUCAAAACAGAGACAGGUCAUUUCUGAUCAUGUGAUUGACUACACCUGAUACCUGCCAUAUACAGGUGUAACGGGGAUGUCCCUGGUUGGCUCAUGUUCUCUUCCCUUAAGAGUUGACCUAGUUUAACUUUCCACCCUUUUGUCCUCUCAUUUAUAAUAUGCUACAAACACACACACACACACACACACACACACACACACACACACACACACAUUAAAAUACAUCAAAGAGAAGUAGUGCUCAUUAUCUGGUCCCCAAGUUGCCACACCAAUAACAAACAAUACUAUUUACUGUGCCACACAGAUUGCAAAAUAGUUGGCAAGAGAUUUUUGAUGUACCGAUUCCAUGGUACAGGGUGUUUGAGCUGAUAUAUAAAACAACGCAAGAUUCAAGACUUUGUGCUUUUCAGCUAAAAUUAUUAUAUAGUAUUCCUGCCACCAACAAAAUGUUGAAUAUUUGGGGCAUAAAAUCAUCGAAGCUCUGCAGAUUUUGUUGGUGGGGAUCCAGAAUGAAUAGACCAUUUAUUUUGGUAUUGCCCUCAGGUUUCUGGUCUCAGGUUCAGGAAUGGCUGAAAAUGGAUAGCAUUGAUCUAAAAUUGACCCUAUAAAUAGUACUGUUAGGAGAUCUGGAGAGACUGGGUCAGUCAAUUACUAAUAUACUAAUACUCUUAGUAAAAGUAUUUAUCUUCAACACGCAGUCUGUAGAUUCUAUUCGAUUAGAUAGAUUGAAAUUGUAUGUUAAACAUCAUAGCAUAGUUGAAAGAUAUGUGUUGCGUAGAAACACGAAGUGGCUGGCCAGCAGAGAUAGACGGGAUGGGCUGAGGGAAGCUGAGGGUUGGUGUGUGGAAAUGGAGACAAGUGGGAGUGGAGUUGCUGUGUGAGAGAGAGAAUGGUGGUCAAAAGAUAACGGGGAAAAAAGCCAAAAUAAAACAUAAUAAAAGUACAUUUGAAUGACACUAAGUGGCAGGGAGGCGUCUCGAAUAGUUGAGGGACAGCUAUUGGUGAACUGUGGGGGGAUCUUGGACGGUUCGGGUCUCACAAGAUUGUGAUCAUGAAAAGGAAACUAUGACAUAUAUUUUAUAUCAUUAUCAUGCACACGCACCCUCACGCAUAAGGAUGGCUCUGUUGCGGAAAGACUGAUACGUGUUUGAUAGUGUCUUGAUGCUGUAUUGUUUGUCCUUCAUGUUCUAAUACUUGAAUGUUACACCUUCCUUGUGUUUUUUUGUUUCAAAAACUAAAAAACACUACUAUUUACAAACACUCUACAAAUCACCCUUGCUCUGAACAUAUUGAGCCAUAAUGUAGAAUGAUGUGAUUCUAUUGCAAUCGUUGGGCUCCUGAAUUUGUGAACAGCCAAACCGUCAUCCCUUUGUAUGUCAAUAUUAUUGUACUGUAUGUCGUCACUAUCAAGAGUUAAUCAAAUGUAUGUUUGUCAUCUCAUUUAUAUCGUGUUGUGUCUGUGCUUCUUUAUUAAUAAACUAUACUCACAAAAGUAA